AUGUCCCACCGAAAGUACGAACAGCCCCGACACGGUCACCUGGGUUUCCUCCCCCGAAAGCGAUGCACCAAGUCUCGAGGAAAGGCCAAGUCUUUCCCCAAGGAUGACAAGUCCAAGCCUGUUGCUCUGACCGCCUUCCUUGGUUACAAGGCCGGUAUGACCACCAUUGUCCGAGACCUCGACCGACGAGGCUCCAAGAUGGACAAGCGAGAGAUUGUCGAGGCUGCCACCGUCGUUGACACUCCCCCCAUGGUUGUUGUCGGUGUUGUUGGUUACGUUGCCACUCCCCGAGGUCUUCGAUCCCUGACCACCGUCUGGGCCGAGCACCUGUCCGAGGAGGUCCGACGACGAUUCUACAAGAACUGGUACAAGUCCAAGAAGACUGCCUUCACCAAGUACGCUAAGCAGUACGAGGGUGACGCCGCCCAGGUCCAGAAGGAGCUCGAGCGAAUCAAGAAGUACUGCACCGUUGUGCGAGUUCUUGCUCACACCCAGCCCAAGCUGACUCCUCUUAAGCAGAAGAAGGCUCACCUUGCUGAGAUCCAGAUCAACGGUGGCUCCGUUGCCGACAAGGUCGAGUGGGCCCAGCAGCACUUUGAGAAGACCGUCACCAUCGACACUGUUUUCGAGCAGGACGAGAUGAUUGACGCCAUUGCCAUCACCAAGGGUAAGGGAUACGAGGGUACCACCCACCGAUGGGGAACCAAGAAGCUGCCCCGAAAGACCCACCGAGGUCUGCGAAAGGUCGCCUGUAUUGGUGCCUGGCACCCUGCCAACGUCCAGUACACCGUGGCUCGAUCCGGUCAGGACGGUUACCACCACCGAACCUCCGCCAACCACAAGGUUUACCGAGUUGGCAAGGGCGGUGACGAGUCCAACGGCUCCACCGAGUUCGACCGAACCCCCAAGACCAUCACCCCCAUGGGUGGUUUCGUCCGAUACGGUGAGGUCAACAACGACUUCCUCAUCCUCAAGGGUUCCAUCCCCGGUGUCAAGAAGCGAGUCAUCACUCUGCGAAAGUCCAUGUGGCUGCACACCUCUCGACGAGACCUCGAGAAGACCCAGCUCAAGUGGAUCGACACUGCCUCCAAGUUCGGAAAGGGCCGAUUCCAGACCCCUGCCGAGAAGACUGCUUUCAUGGGCACUCUCAAGAAGGACCUUUAA